AUGGAGGACCUAUCCUCCCUCGAAGGCCCGCCAAUGCAAGAUGGUCGCUUCACUCCUAUUUCCUUCCCAAUGUCGCCAGUCUCGCCGGAGAAUACCUACAUCGCAUAUAAUCCCUUGCGAGACGUCCCCGUGUCGCCACUGACGUCUGCUACGCGAUCCGUUUAUGCCAGGAGCUCUAUAUCCAGUAUUCCAGGAGCAAAUCAAGUCACACCCCUACGCAACUCACGAAGUCACUCCGCCCUCCGUGACGUGACAGACGUCCCACCCCGACCAGCAAGCACAGACAACGCCAACUGCACCAGCACGCCCUUUUGGCUUUUAGUCAACGGCAGCCUCGUCUGGGUCGAAGAAUUGCAACUAUGGGUCCUAUGGGACGAUGUAGUCACCUCCCACAAUCUAGGCACCUAUUACUCUCAACAACAAACCCGCCAGCAACAACAGCAGCAGCAACACCAGGAGCAGGAGCAGGAGCAGGAGCAGCAACAACAGCAGCAGCAGCGGCAGAGUGGUCGGGGCAUAAGAACGUGGAAGAGUCUACCGCCACUACCACACGAGGUCCAUCAUCUGCUGCCGAUUCCGAUGGACGUUGGACCGAGUUUUGAUCCGAAUGAUCGCAUACAGAGGCGAGAUCCUUUCGGUGCGCAGAAUAAUUUGACGAAUGCGCGGAUUCGCUUGCAAUGGGCCAGUUUGGCUGGUCAAUUAGCUCCUCAUAUUUCGUCGGCGGAUAGAAUACCGACGGAUCCUCUACCACAGCAUAGUCAUACGGAGUUAUAUCCACAGUCAUUACGGCCGGCGCAGCCAUCGCCUCCCCAAACGCAGCCAUCCCAACAAGGCAAUAGUUAUCACUACUACACGUGA